CAUGUUCUUAUAAUUUCAUGUCUUUAAUCUCAAGAAGGCCUUUCGUUUGGUCUCGUCGUGAGUAACCUGCCGUACCCACUGAAUGAACGGAGCGAGCGUUAGAAUAAACCGGAGCCUCAGGAACUAUAGCUACUGGAAUUGAACUGCUAGUAUAGACGACGGAUCUUGUUGGGACUGUUGGAACUGAUUUAGCUAGACCUCCACUUCCCUAGUUGAUGACGAAAGAAGGGGGGGAGAAGAAUCUCCCUGUGGGCCUAGGGUUGGUUCAAUUGCUGAUAAAUCGACAGCGGAACGAAUUUCACUUAUCUGGAUCUUUACCUCUCCAUAUAUCCACAUUGUAGGGGGGGCGGCUUGACCCCUGCUUUAUUUCCGUGCAUGCUCUUUCAAACUUUCUUUCUCACUGAUCAUCAUAGGAUAGGAAUGAAAAUGAAUUCCAAUGAAAGAAGCAAUUACUGGGACUUAUCCUGCUACUGGGUUUAGCGCCGCGCCCCGACAACCCACCAAACACAAACACACAACCCCCCUCCCCCCCAAAAACAAAAAAAAUAAUUAAAAACUCUUUUAAUCUCCCUAUCUUCUUAUCAAUUCAUAUAAACCCGACCCGGGCCCACAUGCUUGUUUGCCCGACCCAUAUUGUGCGUCAAGAAAACGUCGUCUCUUUCCUUCUCAAGGCUUAAAUGUUAAGAUCUUGGAACCGACGGGAGGCUAGUAAAACUGGUAAUCGAAUGGACGAGACUCAGACCGCUGUACUACCCGUCGUAUACGAAACACGUCAUCACGCUACCAGGCCGUACAUUCCCAAUUACCCGCCACAGAUCGACCAACAGGCGCAUGAAGCUUCAAAACGUGGCGUUUUAUCGUAUCUCCCCGUUCGAGGUGUGAGUAGACUUAAAGAGAAAUGGAGUGAGUAUUGGCGCUCUUCUAGAGAAAUUAAGAGACACGUAUCUUUAUUUAUAUCGCCGAGAGGUGAACGUGUGGCUGUGGCUGCCGGAAACCAAAUUACGAUUUUGCAGCAGGAUGACGACUACAAGGAACCGUGUGGCAUUUUUACCAGUAGAACACCUGGUGCAUUUAUUUGUGGAGUUUGGUCAGAAACUCAUGAUAUACUUGGAGCUGCUGAUGGAUCCGGUACAGUCUAUUUUAUUAAAGCAAAUGGUGAAGAGAUAACAAGAAUCACAAAUAAGCAUUUAAAAGGUUCUUUACCGAUAAUAACCCUGAUUGCAGAAGAUGCCACUGACAGACAAACAUCUUGCUUGUGUACCUUCACUGUUCUGACAGCAGAUGGAUGCCUUCACAGUAUUGAGAUCAGUCAGGAACCAAGUGCCUCUAUUUCUUCUGCAUGUGCAUCAAGUAGUGGAUUAACUUCAAGGAGGCAGUUUCCUCUGCAUGUUUUCUGUGUUGACUAUUGUCCAGAACUUUCAUUGUUAGUUGUUGUCAGUAGUGCUAUCAUUACGUCACUUACCUCUAGUGGGAAUACUGGGUCUUGUAUUUCGAUUUGGCGUAGAUGUAAAAAUCUAGACCUGGAACAACCGUGCUUUACUCAGUUUGAAGGCUUAUAUUGCAAACCCAAAGGAUACAAAGGGAACCUUGCACUUGCAAAGGUGCUAAUUUCUCCACAAGGAAAAUUUAUUGCUACGUCAGAUAUUACUGGAUGCUUGCACAUUUUUAAGAUAAAUUAUGAUAACUUUUCACUGUCAAAGGCUUUUUGUGGAGAAAGAUUUGAUUCUCAAGUGACUGAUAAUUCAUUAAACGGAGGGAAUUUUUUUAGAGAUGUUAUUGACUUUACUUGGUGGUCUGAUCAUGUACUGACACUUGCAAGAAAGGAUGGCUUUGUCACCAUGAUUGACAUCCUUAGUGGCUUGAAAGUUCAAGAUAGUGAUUCUGUACAUGCAGUGCUUGUUUUAGAUAGAGUAGAGCAACUUAAAGGUCAUGUUUUUCUUUUAGAGAGUAAAUCACUUGAAGAAAGAUUCAACACAUCUAAUUACAAUGGAGGAACUAUUGACUCAAAUCACAUAGAGGAGGUUGAUAUUUCUAUGUUGCACUGGAGCUUGAUAUCAUUGUCAGAGAGAUCUGUUCCUGAUAUGUAUAAUAUUUUAAUUAGCAACCACAAGUAUAAAAGGGCUAUGGACUUUGCCAAUAUUCAUGGAUUGGAUACAGAUGAAGUCUUUAAAUCACAGUGGUUGUAUUCUAGGCAAGGAAUAGAUGAAAUAAAUAUGUUCUUGUCAAAGAUAAAGGAUCAAGCAUUUGUAAUUUCUGAAUGUGUGGAUAAAAUUGGCCCAACAGAAGAUGCUGUGAAGGCUUUACUUGCACAUGGGCUGCGCCUAACUAGCCAGUAUAAAUUCUCUGAAGAAGAUAAUGAAGGUAGUCAGAUUUGGGAUUUUCGUGUGUCUAGGCUUCAGUUGCUACAAUUUGGAGACAGGUUGGAGACGUAUCUUGGGAUUAACAUGGGAAGGUUUUCUGUGCAGGAAUACAGCAAAUUUCGUGUUAUGCCUAUCAAUGAAGCAGGAAUAAAACUUGCAGAAAGUGGAAAAAUAGGGGCUUUAAAUCUUCUUUUUAAGCGCCACCCUUAUUCACUGGCUUCUACCAUGUUGCAAAUUUUAGCGGCUAUUCCGGAGACAGUUCCUGUUCAAACAUAUGUACAGCUUCUUCCAGGAAGGUCUCCUCCUGCAAGAGUUGCUAUGAGGGAAGAAGAUUGGGUUGAAUGUGACAGGAUGGUAAGAUAUAUUAGAAGAUUACCUGAGAAUCUCGAGAUCUUUAACCAGAUCAGAACUGAAGCAAUUGUCAAGCGGUGCCUGGAAUCUCUUUGGCCAUCAACUAAUGAACUUUUAAUAUGGUACAAGAAUAGAGCUAGAGACAUUGAUUACUAUAGUGGGCAGCUAGACAACUGCCUGUGCUUGGUUGACUUUGCUUGUCGUAAAGGUAUAGCUGACUUGCAGCAGUUCCAUGAGGAUAUUUCAUACUUGCACCAGCUUAUUUAUUCUGAUGAGAGAAAUGGUGAAAUAUCCUUCAGUAUGAGCCUUACUGCAUGGGAACAAUCAUCUGACUAUGAAAAAUUUUGCACAAUGCUUAAGGGAGUCAAAGAGGAAAAUGUGGUUAAAAGGUUACAAGACAAGGCAAUUCCAUUUAUGCGAAAUAGGUCUCAUCAUUUGACCUCAUUUGCUCAAGAGCAGGUUACAGUUGACCGAGUUUCUGUAGAUCAUAAGAAGGAUGAGUCGUUUUUGGUUAGAUGGCUGAAGGAAGUUUCUUUGGAAAAUAAAUUAGACUUAUGCUUGACCAUCAUCGAGGAAGGGUGUAGGGAGUUCCAAAGUAAUAGCUUUUUCAGUGAUGAGAUUGAAGCUGUGGAGUGUGCUCUUCAAUGCAUAUAUUUAUGUACAGCUACAGACAGGUGGAGUACAAUGGCUGCUAUAAUGUCAAAGCUUUCACAAAACCAAGAUACUAAAAUAUAUAUUGAUGGCCUUGAGAGAAGACUCAAAAUAGCGGAAGGCCAUAUUGAAGCAGGGAGACUUUUGGCAUUUUAUCAGGUUCCAAAGCCAAUAAACUUUUUCUUGGAAGCUCAUUCAGAGGAGAAAGGUGUAAAACAGAUUCUUCGUCUUAUACUCUCAAAAUUUAUCCGACGACAGACUGGACGAUCAGAUAAUGAUUGGGCAAACAUGUGGCGUGAUAUGCAGUACCUACGAGAGAAGGCCUUUCCUUUUUUAGACCUAGAAUAUAUGUUAGUGGAAUUCUGCAGAGGACUGCUGAAAGCUGGGAAGUUUUCUCUUGCAAGAAAUUAUUUAAAGGGUACAACUGCAGUUGCUUUAGCGCAAGAGAAGGCAGAAAAUCUUGUUAUUCAAGCUGCUAGGGAGUAUUUUUUCUCAGCCUCCAGUCUUUCUUGCUCAGAAAUCUGGAAGGCAAAAGAAUGUCUAAAUUUAUUGCCAAGCAGCAGGAAUGUUACAGCAGAGGCUGAUAUUAUAGAAGCAAUUACUGUUAAGCUUGUCAACCUUGGAGUGACACUUCUACCCUUGCAAUUCAAGCAAAUAAAGGAUCCAAUGGAGGUUAUUAAGAUGGCAAUAACAAACCAAGGUGGAGCUUAUCUACAUGUUGAUGAACUCAUUGAGGUUGCCAAACUUCUUGGGUUGAAUUCCCCUGAAGAUAUAUCAGCUGUUGAGGAAGCUAUUGCUAGAGAAGCUGCAGUUGCUGGUGAUCUGCAAUUGGCAUUUGAUCUCUGCCUUGUUUUGGCAAAAAAAGGACAUGGUCUCAUUUGGGAUUUAUGUGCUGCAAUAGCAAGGGGUCCAGCCCUUGAAAAUAUGGAUAUAAGUUCUCGAAAGCAGCUUCUAGGUUUUGCUUUGAGCCAUUGUGAUCCAGAAUCAAUAGGCGAGCUGCUCCAUGCCUGGAAAGAUUUGGACAUGCAAGGUCAGUGUGAGACUUUGAUCACGUUGACGGGGACAAAAUUUUCCAACUUCUCAGUUCAAGGUUCUUCAGUUAUCUCACUUCCAGGCUACAGUGUUCAAGAUAUAGUUAACCUAAAAGAUUGCUCUGAACUGGUUGAAGGAGUCAGCAGUGACGAUCAGGAAGUUCAUCUCAGUAAUAUCAAAAAUACUCUUACCAUUGUUGCUAAGAACUUGCCUGUUGAGGCUGGGAUCAACUGGGAAUCAAUUCUAAGGGAAAAUGGAAAAAUUUUGUCAUUUGCUGCUUUACAACUUCCAUGGUUGCUUAAAUUGAGUAGGAAAGCAGAGUAUAGUAAGAAAAUGACUCAUGGGUUAUAUCCUGGAAAGCAAUAUGUCAGUGUAAGAACACAAUCUUUGGUUACUGUUCUAUCCUGGUUGGCCAGGGCUGGUUUUGCCCCCAGAGAUGAUCUGAUUGCCACUCUGGCAAAAUCAAUUUUAGAACCACCUGCUUCUGAAGAGGAAGACAUCAUGGGCUGCUCCUUCCUGUUGAAUCUUGUGGAUGCUGUUAAAGGUGUAGAGGUGAUAGAAGAACAGUUGAUCCUAAGGGAAAGCUACCAAGAAAUUUGCAGCAUAAUGAAUGUGGGGUUGACAUAUAGUUCGUUACACAACUCUGGAAUUGAAUGUGAAGGCCCUUUUCAGAAGAGAGAGUUGCUAUGGAGGAAGUUUAAAGAGAAGCAUACAUCUCUCAAUUCAGGUGAACUAAACAAGAUUGACAAAGUACAAUCUACUUUCUGGAGGGAAUGGAAGCUUAAAUUAGAGGAAAAAAAGCGUGUGGCAGAUCGUUCUAGAUUGUUAGAGCAAAUAAUUCCUGGGGUGGAAACUGCACGCUUUUUGUCUGGUGAUAUCAAAUACAUUGAGACUGUUGUUUUCUCAUUGGUUGAAUCAGUAAAGUUGGAGAAGAAACCCAUUUUAAAUAAUGUUUUGAAAUUGGUAGAGAUGUAUAGCUUGAAUCGCACUGAGGUCUUACAACACUACUUAAGUUCUAUCCUUGCUUCUGAGGUUUUGACUGAUGAUGAUAUAAUUGCUGAGAUCUCAGGAGUAAGAGAAGAAAUACUUAGUCAUGCUAUGGAAACUAUCAAAACUAUAACCUUCGCUGUAUACCCUGCAGUUGAUGGAUGCAACAAACAGCGCCUUGCUUUCAUAUUUGACCUUCUCUCUGAUUGCUACUUGCAGUUGGAGGCUGCCAAAAAAUCUUUACCUGACCUUAACCGAGAUCUGGCACGUGUAUCUAAUAUUCAGUUGGCUAAUUUCUACAGAGUCAUUCAGCAGGAAUGCAGAAGAGUUUCCUUCAUUAAGAAUUUGAAUUUCAAAAACAUUGCUGGAUUAGGUGGUUUAAAUUUGCAGGAUUUCAGCAGUGAAGUCUAUUCACACAUAAGUGAAUCUUGCUUGGAAGCCUUGGCCAGUAUGGUGCAAACCUUGGUUAGUAUUUAUACUGAUUCAGUGCCUGAGGGUCUCAUAUCAUGCCAGGAUGUGUACAAGUAUUAUGUACUGAGUUUGUUGACAAGUUUGGAGAGCAGUGCUAGAACAGAUAUUAAUGUUGAAAGACCUGAAAGUUUUCAGGGUUUAAUCAAUGAACUUGAGCAGACCUAUGAUCGUUGCAGAAUAUAUAUGAGGCUUUUGGCACCUUCUGAUUGUUUGGAUAUAAUGAAGCGGUACUUUAAUGUGAUUAUACCAUUAUAUGGCUCUUCUAGGAGCAUGCCAGAUAACUCAACAUGGCAGGGGUGCCUAAUCCUACUUUUGAACUUCUGGAUCAGAUUGACUGAAGAAGUGCAAGAAAUAAUGUCUAAUGAGAGUUCAGUAAAAGAUCUCGGGUUUAAUCCAGAGUGCUUGUUGUGCUUCUUAAAGGCUUUGAUGAAAUUAGUGAUGGAAGACAGCAUCUCACCAAGUCAAGGUUGGGGCACUAUUAUCAGCUAUGUCACUCAUGGUUUAAUUGGAGACUUUGCUGGUGAAAUACUCAUAUUCUGCAAAGCCAUGGUAUUUUCUGGUUGCGGGUUUGGAGCCAUUUCAGAGGUAUUCUUCAAUGCAGUGUCUGAAUGUAGUUCAAAAACUGCUGAAUCUAAAUUUCAGGAUCUUCCCCAUCUAUAUUUAGAUAUAUUGGAGCCCAUUUUACAAGCUCUGAUAGAUGGAUCCAUUGAUCACCAUAAUUUGUAUCAUUUGUUGUCUUCUCUAAGUAAAUUGGAGGGUGAUUUUGAUGAACUGAAGAGGGUCAGACAUAUAGUUUGGGAGAGAGUGGCCAAAUUCUCUGAUAAUUUGCAGUUACCAAGUCACAUCCGAGUUUAUGCGCUUGAACUUUUGCAAUCCAUCACAGGUAGAAACAUCAAAGGUUUCUCAUCUGAACUGCAAUCCGAUGUUCUUCCUUGGGAAGGCUGGGAUGAACUGCUCACUACAAGUAAAAUGAGUGAAACCACUGCCAAUCCAGAGUUGUCAGAGCAAACAGAUACUUCUAGCAGGUUUACAAGUACUUUGGUUGCCCUCAAGUCUACUCAACUCGUGGCAGCUAUCUCACCAAGCAUAGAAAUAACCCCUGAUGAUCUACUCAGUGUUGAUACAGCUGUCUCCUGCUUCUCGAAGUUGUGUGAAGCUGCCAGUGCAGAUCCUCAUUUCGAUGCUUUGGUAGCCAUUUUGGAAGAGUGGGAAGGGCUCUUUGUAAUUAGAGAUGAAGUAGCUUCCGAAGAAACAUCCACUGCUGAAAACAACUGGAACAGUGAUGAUUGGGAUGAGGGAUGGGAAAGUUUUCAGGAAGCAGAACCUAUUGAAAAGAAAAAGAAAGAGAACUCUUUAUCUGUUCAUCCUUUGCAUGCAUGUUGGAUGGAGAUUUUCAAAAAAUUUGUAUCAGUGGCUCGAAUCGAAGAUGUUUUGAGACUGAUUGACCAUUCCUCAUCAACAUCCAAUGGAAUUUUGCUGGAUGAAGAUGAUGCCAGAAGCUUGAACGAAAUUGUACUCGGGGUCGAUUGCGUUUUGGCUUUGAAACUGGUGCUUUUAUUGCCUUAUGAAGCAAUACACUUGCAGUCUCUAAAUGUAGUUGAAGAGAAGCUGAAACAAGAAGGCAUCUACGACACAACUGGCAGAGACCACGAGUUUUUACUGCUCGUGUUAUCUUCCGGGGUUAUAUCAAAUAUCAUCACCAAAUCUUCCUAUGGCACAAUUUUCUCAUAUCUAUGUUACUUGGUUGGAAAUUUCUGUCGUCAGCUUCAAGAAGUCCAGGUAAAAACACAAACAAGGGGAGGAAGAAACUUAAGCAAAAACAUUGCCGAAGAUUUGCUUCUUUUCAGAAAACUCCUCUUUCCCUGUUUUAUAUCAGAACUUGUGGAGGCGGAUCAGCAGAUUCUAGCCGGGUUUCUUAUUACAAAGUUCAUGCACACAAAUGCUUCUCUCAGUAUCAUCAAUGUCGCCGAGGCCAGUCUUCAUAGGUACCUGGAAAAGCAUCUCCAGCAACUACAGCUUGAAGUCGAGAUGAGUUUCAAUGAAACGUUAAAGAACACCAAAUCCAGCUUGAGAGGCAAGCUGGGAAGUCUGAUUGAGUCAGCUUUGCGGAAGCUUUCCGCCAAUGUUAGAUGAAGCUUUCCGCCAAUGUUAGAUGAAGCUUUUACCAGGAUUGCUAUUGUGUUAGGAAACCAUAUCUAGCAAUUAAUCGAAGGAAAGUUUUUAUUUUAUUUUUUUAUGUUGAUAGAUAUACGAAGUUUUAUAUGGGUCAAGAGCGACCCACUUAGAUUUGAGUUGAAGCUUUAACCUCUGUUCCAAAGCUUUUUUCCUUUUGGCUAUAAUUUAGCAUGAAAAUGGUGAUUACAUUAUCACUUUAUUA